AUGCGUGUUCGUGUUGUUGACUUGAACGGGUGCAAUGGUAGUGCACAUGAAGCUCCCGUGAGGAGUGGUGCAUGGAAUUCAAAGGAGGCUGCCACGUGUUACGUUCUGAGCUGGCCAUACAAAAGCAUGAAAACGUGGGGUCAACAUAUCACGUACUAUGGCCACGUUGUUGGGAUACUUCUCAUAUCCGCCAAAAGACACCAAAAAGGGAUCCGCAAGAUCUUAUUCGCAUGGGUGGAAGAAAAAAAUUCCACAGAAUGUACAAUAGCUGAAGCAGUAUAA